CUAUAUACACCUAAAUAUUCUCUCUCGUUCUUCUAUCACAUAAAACAAUAUACCCAACACAACUAUUAUUACUCUCACAACACCUCCAUUUUCUCAUAAUUGCUCACAAGCACGAAAAGCAAAGGAAAAUCGACUCCAUCAGUUCGUCUUCUCAGGGGAACAAGCCAAAUAAGGUGAAGCUUGGUUUAAAAUAUGGAAGGAGACACUCAAGUGAGUUCAGAAGUCCCAGUGAUGAAGGCUGAUGCUGGUCCUGUCGAGGUGAAUAAUGGAGACUUAGCACCGGUGGGAAAAGAAGAAAGGAAAGAAGAUGAAGAAAUUACGUUGGAUGGAGAAUUUGUUAAAGUAGAGAAGGAACCGGUCGAAGUGAAGAUCUCUUCUGAGGAUGACAAACCAGCUGUCACUGAGAGAAGCUUAAGUGGUUCAAGUAGGGAAUUACUAGAAGCCCAAGAGAAGGUGAAGGAACUUGAGCUUGAGUUGGAAAGAGUUACUGGGGUUUUGAAGAAUUCAGAAUCUGAAAACAGUAAGUUGAAGGAUGAGUUCUUGCUUACUAAAGAGAAGUUGGAGGGAAAUGGAAAGAAAUUUGAAGAGCUCGAACUUGGUCACAAGAAAUUGCAGGGUCAGAUAAUAAAAGCUGAAGAGAACUACAAAUCAGAGCUCAGUACUUUACAAGACGCAUUGCAAACUCAAGAAGCAAAGCACAAGGAGCUGGUUGAGGUGAAGGAGGCAUUUGACAGUCUUAACCUUGAGGUUGAAAGUUCGAGAAAUAAGAUGCAAGAGCUAGAACAAGAACUGCAGCGUUCUGGAGGUGAGGCACUGAAGUUUGAAGAGCUGCACAAGCAAAGCGGUUCACAUGCAGAAUCUGAGACGCAGAGGGCAUCAGAGUUUGAAAAGCUGCUUGAAGUAGCAAAGCAGAGUGCUAAAGAAAUGGAAGAUCAGAUGGCUUUACUGCAAGAAGAAGUCAAGGGCUUAUAUGAAAAGAUCACUGAGAAUCAAAAAUUUGAAGAAGCACUCAAGGCCACUGCAACAGAGCUUCUUGCAGCUCAAGCGGAGUUGGCAGUUUCCAAAACACAAAAACUUGACACGGAGAAAUUACUUUCAUCGAAUGAAGCUAUUAUAAAUGAACUAAAGGAUCAAUUGGAGCUAAAAAAGGCUUCAGAGUCUCAGGUUAAAGAAGACAUGUCUGCUCUUGAGAAUUUGUUAACUGCAACAAAAGAAGACCUUCAAGCGAAGGUUUCUGAGUUGGAGGAAAUGAGGCAGAAGCUGCAGGAUGAAGUGAAUGCAAAGGAAUUAGUUGAAUCUGGGUUAAAAGUGCAAGAAGCCCAGGUCUCAACUAUGCAGGAAGAACUGGCUAAAGUAGCGGAAGAUAAAGAAGCUCUUGAAGCUGCUGUGGCAGAUCUCUCUAGCAAUGCGGCAAAUUUGAAGGAGUUAUGCAGUGACCUUGAGGAUAAAUUAAAAUUUUCCAAUGAGAAUUUUAAUAAAUCAGAUUCGCUUCUUUCUCAGGCUUUGUCAAACAAUGCAGAGCUUGAACAGAAGUUAAAGUCUCUUGAAGAGCUCCAUAAUGAAUCUGGGGUUGCUGCAACAACAGCUACUCUAAAGAAUACAGAGCUUGAGGAACUGAUCAGGACGACAAAUGAAGCAGCAGAAGAAGCAAAAUCACAAUUGAGGGAGCUUGAGACACGAUUCAUUGCAGCGGAACAAAGGAAUGUGGAGCUAGAGCAGCAUUUGAAUUUGGUUGAACUAAAGAGCAAUGAUAACGAGAGAGGAGCAAGAGAAUUCUCUGAGAAAGCAGCAGAACUCAGCAAGGCAUUGAUGGAGAUUGAGGAAGAAAAGAAACUGUUAAAUGACCAAAUGAAGGACUACCAAGAUAAGAUAACCCAACUGGAAUCUUCCUUGAGCCAAUCAUUAUCGCGGAACUCGGAGCUUGAGGAGGAGUUGAAGAUUGCCAAGGAGAAGGGUGCUGAACAUGAGGACAGAGCCAGCAUGAAUCAUCAGCGCAGCAUUGAGCUAGAAGAUCUUUUCCAACAAUCCCAUUCCAAAGUGGAACAUGCAGGAAAAAAGGUGAAUGAAUUGGAGUUGUUACUUGAAGCAGAGAAGUACAGAAUUCAAGAGCUUGAAGAGCAAAUCAGCUUAUUAGAGAAGAAAUGUGCAGAUUCUGAAGCAGACUCGAAGAAGUAUUCAGACAGGGUAGCAGAAUUUGGAUCAGAACUCGAGACAUUUCAAGCAAGAGCAUCAAGCCUUGAAGUUGCCCUACAAAUUGCCAACGAGAAGGAGAGUGAGUUGACAGGUCUGUUGAAUGUGGCAAGAGAUGAGAAGAAAAGGUUUGAGGAAGCAUUGAACAGUUCCAAUGAGAAGCUCCAUGAAGCAGAAAAUAUAUUGGAAGUCCUGCAGAAUGAUUUAACUAUGACUCAAGAAAACUUGAAGAACAUUGAGAAUGAUCUUAAUGUUGCUGGAUUCAGAGAAAAUGAGGUGUUGGAGAAGCUUAAAUUAGCUGAGGAACAAUUGAAGGAACAAGGAAGAGUAAUAGAGCAAGCUACUUCAAGGAACUCAGAGCUUGAAUCCUUACAUGAGUCUUUAACAAGGGAUACAGACCUUAAAUUACAGGAAGCAAUGGAGAACUUCACCAACAGGGAUUCUGAGGCAAAAUCCCUCUUUGAGAAAGUGAAGGUUCUUGAAGACCAGGUGAAGACAUAUGCAAAGCAGAUAGCUGAAGAAACUGACAGGUCCACAUCCUUGAAGGAGGAAUUGGACUUGUACUUCAUGAAAGUUGCUUCUUUGGAAACUGCCAAUGAAGAACUUAAAAAGCAGAUCCUAGAAGCAGAAAAUAAAGUUUACAACUCCUUUUCAGACAAUGAACUUUUACUCGAGACAAACCAUCAACUGAAAAGCAAGGUCAAUGAACUUCAAGAAUUACUAGAUUCAGCCAUGUCUGAGAAGGAAGCCAGCGCUCAACAACUUUCUUCCCACACAAACAAUAUAACAGAACUAACGGAUAAGCAUUCACGAGCAUUGGAACUUCAUUCUGCAGCUGAAGCCCGCAUUGUAGAAGCAGAAAAUCAGUUGCAAGAAGCCAUUCAAAAAUUUGGUCAGAGAGACAUUGAAGCCAAAGAUUUAAAUGAGAAGCUAGAGGCCCUUGAAAGCCAAAUAAAACUGUAUGAAGGACAAGCUCAUGAAGCAUCUGCAAUUGCAGAAUCUCACAAAAUUGAGCUAGAAGAGACGCUUUUAAAAUUAAAGAAUUUGGAAAGUGUUAUUGAUGAACUUCAAACUAAGCUGAAUCAUUUUGAAAAGGAGAGUGAAGGACUAGCUGAAGCAAAUUCAAAUCUUACUGAGGAGCUGGCCAUUUAUGAAUCUAAACUGAGUGGUGUCCAAGCAAAAUUGUCUGCAGCCCAUGUUGAGAAGGAUGAAACGGUCGAACAUCUUCAGACUUCAAAGAAGACUAUUGAAGAAUUAUCACAGCAGCUUAGUGCUGAAGGACAGAAACUACAAUCUCAGAUAUAUUCCAUUAUGGAAGAGAACAAUUUGCUCAGUGAAACACAUCAAAAUACAAAGACAGAACUUCAGUCUAUGAUUUUCCAACUUGAGGAACGACUGAAAGAACAGAAGGCAAAUGAAGAUGCCUUAAGAUCUGAGCUUGAAAAUCUCAAGGGCGAGAUAGCUGAGAAGGCUGCAUUGCAAACUCGACUAAAGGAAGUUGAAGAGCAGUUGGUGUUAGGUGAAGCUCAACUAAAAGAUGAGAAAGGAUCAUACUCUCAGAAAGAGGUGGAACGAGAAGCAGCUCUGAAUAAAUCCCUUGAUGAUCUUGAAGCUAAAAACAAAGAACUUGUGCGUUUGGAGAAGCUUGUGAAGGAGCUUGAGCAGAAAUUGCAAGACGCAGAUGCCAAAUUUUUAGAAAAGGGUAAGGAAACCAGCUCAAGUGUACCGAAGGAUGUUGUAGAGAUAAAAUCCAGGGACAUUGGAUCAACCAUUUCUACUCCAACAAAGAGAAAGAGUAAGAAAAGGUCUGAAGCGACGUCAACGGUAACCUCAUCCUCUCCAGGGACCCAUGGUCUAACUGAGAACCAUUCUGCUAUGACCUCAUUCAAGCUCAUCUUGGCAGUUGCUCUAGUGUCUAUUAUCGUUGGUGUGAUCUUGGGGAAAAGAUACUAGUUUGUGGUAAGCUGAAUUUUGAUUUUGCAGUGUUCUAGUCUCAUACCUCAUUCAAACUCGUCUUGGCAGUUGCUCUAGUGUCUAUUAUCGUUGGUGUGAUCUUGGGGAAAAGAUACUAGUAAGUGGUCCGCUGAAUUUCGAUUUUGCAGUGUUUUAGCUUCAUAUAUAUUUAUGCACUUGAGAUUGAAGCUUUGUUUUCGACACAUCCUCUCUCAAGUCUGGAACUUGGUUGGGAAUUUGUUUUGGUUAUUCUCCCUUGCCCAUGAAAAGCAGAAAGUAGAGUUUGAUUCAUGUAUUGCUCAUGCUUGUAUUUAUAUUAGUUUGUUUAUUGUAUUGGGUUGUUGCAUAUAUUUUCGAAUAAGUUAUUUGGCAACAUUUUGUCAUAAUUAUUCAUGAUAUUGUAUUUCCUACUUAAUGCAGUCCUUGUUCAAUGA